CCGAGAGGCCGCCAAGAGGGCCGACUUCUUCCGAGAGGCCGCCAAGAGGGCCGACUUCUUCCGAGAGGCCGCCAAGAGGGCCGACUUCUUCCGAGAAGCCGCCAAGAGGGCCGACAUUUCGCACAUGGCUCCUCCGGGAACCGUGGUGCAUGCGAUCGGUGUGGCAGCACGAAACAUAUUGGAACGUACAGGAAUUGUCCAGCAAGAAACCGGCGGUGCAACGCCUGCCACACGUUGGGCCAUUUUGCAUCAGUAUGCCGAAAAACCCGUACUGUUCAACACGUCUCUUCCGCAGAGACGCUGUCUUCAACUUCCGCAGGGCAGCCGUCCGCGUCUGUCUUGACGGUAAGCGCUUUUGAAACUAAAAAAGAUUUGGAAGUUCCAGUCGUAGCGAACGGCGUCUCCAUGCGACUGCCGGUGGAUACGGGAGCGUCUGCCUCAUUGAUGACGGCCGAAGAUGUUGGAAAGCACUUUGGUCGACAGCACAGACUGUCACAAACAACAGUGGACUUGAAAAAUUUCUCCAAGCAACGCAUCGACAUUCAAGGCCUGUUGCAAGCCACUGUCCAGUUUUUCCAAAGGUCAUGCUCCAUCACGUUCCACGUAACGACUACAGGAACAUCACUGCUGGGUUUAGACGCCAUCCAACGCUUGGGCAUACAGAUCGACGGUACGUCGCUGACAUGUCGUCUACCAUCGCUUCCUUCAGUACAGAGCCCCACAGGUAUGCCUCCGGGUUUUAAUCACCUUUCCAGUGACGAGUUGGGCCUCGUCAACAACUUCGUGCACCGAAUUCAUCGGCAGCAAGAUGCGAAACCAGUAUCUUCAAAGUUGCGCCGACUACCCCUGGCUCUCCGUGACCAGGUCACACAUGAAUUGCGACGUCUCGAGGACUGCGACGUCAUCGAGCGCGUCGAGGCUACUGAGUGGGUGUCUCCACUCAUGGUGGUGCGCAAGAAGGAUGGAACCAUGCGGCUCUGUGUAGAUCUACGGGAACAGGACAGUCUGGUGUCUCAAGUUCAAGAAAGGGUCUUGCAGAAACAGUCGCAGACUAAACAGUACGUAGACAAACGUAGAGGUGCUCAGGCAACUCGUAUCAAGGUGGGAGACACCGUCAGAAUUAGAUUUAACAGGAAAGGAAUUUUUAAGUACAGUAAACCUCGUAAAGUCAAGGCCCAGAUAGGACCAUCUAUUUUUGUACUCAGUGAUGGGAAGACGUGGCAUGUGUCUAAGUUAACCGUAGUGAUGAAGGAUCCAGCAGGUAGUACAUUGUGUACAAGUGAUAGAAACUUUUUGUACUCAUAUUCAAACUUGGAUAGUCAUUCCGAUGACUCCUCUGUAGUGACAUCGUCCUUUCAGAGGCAUCAGUUAAGUAGUGCGUCUGACUGUAUCACUUCCGAGUCUGCAGUCAGCAGUCGUCUCUGAUUCCGUGAGGGAAUCGGUAGCAUCCCAGGACUUGUUAGGAUGUCGAGAGGAGCUUCCUGGGCAACCCUCUCCAGCUUUGAGCGACAACCACAUUCAAUGUUUCAACCAGGGGGAGGGAAAUAGUAGUGGGACGACUGGGUCUUUAAAGUCGACCGAAACGCGUCGCAACCCCCAAAGUUCUUCUGAGGUACGCACGCGUCCUCAUCAUGACAGAAAACGGCCUCCGUGGCUCGAUGAUUUUGUUUCUGUAGUGUAGAGCGUAUUUCCGUCUUUGAAAUGCCACGGCUAGGGGCCUCGUUGUGACAUUUAGGAGACAGUCCACAUGUUUCAUUAACACAGGUAUAAAAUGUGCUCCUUGUUGCGGUGCAGUGAGUUUUGUGCCGUGUUCCUUGUCAGACUUUGUUUGAGUGAGAGUGACUGCCUGUGUGUUGGUGCCCAAGACUGGUGCACAUAUAUGUGAACUUGGGCGGGGAUGGAUUGAAUUUGUUGUGGACUUAAGUGCGUGCUUUGUGUGCGACUGGUGCGCGUGUGUGAACGUGGGGGGGAACGAACUGAAAUUGCCUUUGGACUUAAGUGCGCGUCUUGUGUCCGCGUUUCACUGUAUGCUUGCUUUAUUUCCAGGGGGGGAUGAUGUAGUAUAGUGUCGCCCCCUGUCAGAUCUCUGUGUCAUCGUACAUGUAUGUUUUGUAGUUGUUUAGCUAGAUGGCGCACCCUCCUUCUGUCAUGUGACGAGCUGGUACCAAUCAGGAGGUGUCGUCUGGCAUGUGAAGUCCUUUUUAAUAAUAAACGGCCGCGGGUCGGCUGAGUCUUCGUUCCGGUUUUCAUCGGGAGCAGUUAGCUCCGUGUCUCCUUCACUGCGCCGGCGCUAGCCGCGCAUUCACCGGUCGGGGCCCCCCGCUUGCCUGCCGCUGCCGACACAACAGUUAGAGUAACACA